AUGAGUCCGCAACAACCCUUACAGGAUCCUGCACAACAGAGAAUCCAUCAGCAGAUCGGUUUACUUUCGAGAACAUUAGUGCCGACACCGACCAUACGAUCCAUAAUUCCAGCACGAAUCCGAUCGCCGACGAAAGAUGACUAUAUCUGUAUAGGCCGGGACUUCAUCCAACUCUUUGAGAUUGAUGCCGAAGCCAACAUCACCCACGUUACGACAAAGAGUGACUUCGAUGGAGAGAUUGGUUCUGCCAAUGUCUUUGGCUACUUCGAUCCGUACGAGAGCGAACUUAGGAAAUAUCCCGAGAACACGAGCGAUUCAUCCGAAAGCCCCAUUGGCCCACAAUUACUGGCCUUCACCCUGAUCAACACCGAGCAGCUGUUCUUCCUUGCAGCUUCGGAAACUGAAGAUGGUGAUGUUGCAUUCAGAGUGUUGAGCGUACCUAUGCCUAUAUUCAUCAACCCGCCGCAAGUACACGGAAACGCUAUAGCGGUAGACCCCUAUUCUCGAGCUCUGGCUGUGGCGAUUGGUGACCAGAAGGUUUUCGUAUGUUAUGCUGAACAAGCAGAACUACUAAGCGCUGGGCAACAAAAAUGGGAUGAUGGAUACAUUCCUGUCUCUAGCUCUCAGACUAUCAAAGAAGUUCCUGGCACCAUCCUGCUGAUGGACUUUCUGUAUCCUCCAAGAAACGAUCCAGAUCGGCUCAUACUCCUCAUGAUUAUCUUGCAUGAAGGCGUCGUACUACCGGUAUGGGUCGAGUGGUCAAAGUUUGAGGAGCCCAAACAUGCGGUCAUCAAGCAGGGUCACAAAAUCUUCCUGUCGGGUGAAAUGCCGAAUAUGAUGAUACCUCUUAGAGGCAAUGCAGCCUUCGUCCUCGCUACCACGAGAGAAAUUUGGAUCUUUGAGAACAUCUUGACCACAUCCGCGGUUACCACUAAAUUAAUCAUUGAUCGUGAGGAUCCACCACAGCACUAUCCACCCUCUUCGUUUCACCCACUUUGGUCCAAAUGGGUACGACCCAGAAGAGAAAGUCAAUACGAUGAGGACGAUUACAUCUACUUGAUUUCCGAGGACGGCAAUGUCUACUAUCUGGUUUUUGAACAGGAGUCACCUCGUGAAGGUGUCGUCAUCAAUUAUGUCGGACGUCUAAAAUGUCACGUAGACUCGGCAUGCGCGCCAUUCGGAAAAUCAGACCAAGGCGAUGUCCUGGUGGUCCAAGGUGCGUCAAGCACAGGUUGUGUCUGGAUGACCGAGUGCCGUCAAGCUCCAUCCUCUGAUGCAGAGCCAAAUGGCGGCAUGCACGGCUUCGCCGUUUCUUCUUUACAGAACUGGUCGGAAAAUCUGGAUCUGGUAGCUAAACCAACAUCACGAAAGAGAUUGCCGCUGUAUUCGAGGGACGCUUUAUUUGCACCUAGUGGUCGACAGCCUUAUGGCCACAUCACAGAGCUACGGAUGGGUCUUGAAGCACGCAUUGGCGCUCACAUCGAAGGUCACGCUCCGUUCAGUAUCGUGUCGCAUGCGUGGGCUCUUCAUGUUCCAGAAGCGGAAGCUUUCUUCGUCAUUCUUUCCAGCCCAGGACAGACACAUAUUUUGUCGAUACCGCAGUCAUCUGAAGGAGACGAUCUACAUGAUCUACAUGCCAUGGAAAGCAAUGGUCUCGACAUGCAAUCUUCGACUCUCGCCGUGGCCAUGAUCGCAAAGAAUUGUGUCUUUCAAAUUACGGAGUCUGCAGUCUCGUUCAGUCGUAAUGGUCAGGACAGUUUACACACCGAGAUUUGGCCCGCAGGAUUCAAAGCUGUUGCGGCAGCGAUCGAAGUCGACAUUCCAUGUGCAGUCAUCGCACUAAGACGGGAGGGCAAGUCAGAAAUUCGGUUACUCACAAUCGAUGAUGCCGACGACGAAACAGUAUCUGUUUCAGAGCUUGGCAGACCUGUACAGACAGAGCGCGAGAUCAUAUCAUUGGCCAUCCACUCCACCCGGAUGUUGACGUUCGUCGUCGCUGGUGACUCCAGCGGAACACUACACAUUUUCAGAAUCAACCCCAGGAACGGUCUUGAACCUUAUAUGGAGCACGAGAUUGCUCAAAACUCUGAUCACUUGGACAACCUCGAGGCCUUGAACGCCUGCGAAGAUAUUCUUGUCCUUGGCGAGCAGAUGUCAUCGGAGAAGCCUGCCGAUCUUGUGGUUCUUUGUGGCUUGCGAGGCGGUUCGACUUACGCACUUGAACUACAAGUCGGUCUUGACGCUACACUACAAACUAAAUCUCAACGACACUUCAAUCUGGGCUUAACUACAGUCAAGCUCAGUUCUGGAAAGAGUCCUUUGUCAGCCUUUGCAACUUGUGGCGAUGGGUUCUUCAGCGUCGCCAUGAAAGAUGCUAGACUAGACGCCAUAGACAUUUCUGAUGUUUACCUAACAGAUUACCCGCGUAGCUUCCAGCAAGAGUCUAUUGCAGCUAUGACAAUGGUUCCAUAUACUGAUACCUCGACCUUGUCUGAGGCUCUUAUUGUCAUCUCGGGAGACUCCUGCUUCGUUACAGCGGUGUCCGGGAGGCGACAUAUCGUUCCAAACGGGAACAAGGUGCAUGGAUCACCUCAUACAUUGAUCGAAUCUAGGCCAUUCAACUGCAUGGUCAGCGCAUCUUCGUAUGUAUGGAAACGUUCUCCAACGACUAGGGCUGUGAGAGAUGUGGUUCAAUUCACCUCGAGCAAUUUGAGGUGCAUCUGGGAGACGGACAUCGGCUGGAAGGUCCAUUCGAUGGCUGAAUGGUCUUUCAGACGAACGCCCGAUGCUGCCCCACACGUCUGGAUCGCGGCUGCCGUGGGUCGAGCUACCAGAUCGAAGAACGGUAGGAUCUACUUGCUUCGACCUACAGCCAUGAGCGGAAGGUGCGACAUACAAGCCUCGCAGAUUAAGCAGUAUGACGCGCCGGUGACGGCAAUUGCUACCUAUGGUGACACGGAUAUCGUGGCUUGCUCCGGCUCAAAGGUAUACUUCCUACACUAUGAUACCGAAACAUCAAGAUUCGACGAAACAUGCAAUUUUGUCAUGCAUAGUCCGGGUAUUCGCAUUACGACAGCACCGCCGCACAUACACAUUACAACCGAACGUGACUCGACACUCACGCUUCAACUGAUAGACAAUCCAAGCAGCCCAAACUCGAAACUCCUGCGAAAUGUCGCUAGGGGUGAUGGAGCAAGACAAUCGACGAGCCACACCACUGUCAACGUCUCGCACGCCGAUCACACAACGUCGACUUUCAACCUGACCAGUACACUGAAUGGAGAGCUGGUCGGCUUGAGCGUCCCAGAUCCCAGCCAACCGCCCAGGAUCGCUACACAUGACACUCUCUUCACUGCAAAGCUCAGUCGCUCGGUUAUGCGCAUUGUUGAAGCCAAAAUCCGCCCGCCUUGGAAGCCUGUACACAGAGAUUGUGGCGUACUCAAGGAUGACCUUGUAGGCAUCACCACAGAUGGCACGGUAUAUGGCUUUGCCAUCCUCGACGAAAAGACUACGAACCGUCUGCGAUGGUUGCAGAGGCUGUGUCAGCGCAACCCUGAUAUUUGCCCCUUCACGUACAGCACACCGCCGACGGUCACACGAAACGGGUCUGUCAAGGCUAUACCAGUAGUACUGCCGCCUCCUGGCUUCGAGACUCCGAAUGACGGUGACAUCGGUGUCUUGAGGCGCAGAAGGCACAGACCCAGCGACAUGCACGUCGAUGGCGACUUUUUGGUCCGCUUAUUGGAGCACGAUAGUGUGCAACUGCUGAACUCGAUCCUCGAUGUUGAGGCCAACAAGAAGGUUCACGAUCCCAUCUCGAGCUGGGUUCGUGACAAUCUGGAGGCGCAGAAGGCGGAGGUUGAGAGAUUGAUCGCAGAAGCGAGGGCUGCUGUUGAUCGAUGGUGGUGA